AUGAAACAAAACGAAGUUAAAAAAGUAAAAGAGAUUCCACUUAUCUCAGGAAAUAACAUUCAAGGUACAUAUAAUAUAUUAAAAACAAAAUUAUAUUUUUUAGUAUUAAAUGUAUUUUCAACUUAUGAUCAAAAUAGAGUUAAAUUUGAAGUAACAGAUUUUACAGCUCAUCCUCAAUUGUUUGAUGAAUAUUGUGCAGAAAGAACUUAUGAUGAAAUUGUUGUUGAUACAAGAAAAAUUUUAAAAAUUUGUGUAUUUAAAGAUAAAUUAGAUUUUAUAAGUAAAUGUUAUGAAGAAACUCAUGAAGGAUUAAAAUUAGAUAUAAGACAUGAAUUAUCAUUAAAUGGUGGAUCAUCAGCUAAUUUAGAUACAAAAUUAAUUAUUAUGUCCAUGACAAUAAAAUGGAGAGAAUAUAAAGGUAAAUUAGAACCUUAUUCAUUUGAUCCAGAAAUUGUUGAAUGGAUUCCAAGUUCUAUGGACAAACAAGAAGAACAAGUUUUAACAGACUUAUAUAAAAAUAUUUUAAAACAAAGACAUUAUAUUGAUGCUUUAGAAAAAAGAGGUAUAAAUAGAGUUAAAAAAAUUAUACCUGAAAGAAUUUAUCAACAAUUUUAUAUUAAUAAUGAUCAUCAAUUUGGAAGUCAAGAUGUUUCAAGAAAUGCAACCCAAUCACAACAAGAAAGUUCAAAUCAAACGCAAAAUAGACAUCAAUCUCAAUCACACGAUAUCAUAGAAGAUCGACCACAAGUUGUUACUGAUCUGGUGAAAGAAGAAGAAAGUGUUUCAAAUAAUUUAUCACCAGAUCCUAUGAAUGAAGAUUACGAUUUGGACACAUUAGGUUGUGAUGAAGAUUUACCAUUACCAGCUAUUAAUGCUGAAUCACAAAACAGACAUAAUUCACAAAAACCUGUACAAUCAACUAGUUCAAAGAAACGUUCAAGGACUGAUGACGACGUAUUUGCAUCAAUUCAAAGUUUAAAUGCAUAUAAUGAAUAUGAAAUGAAAGUAGAUAAUAAUACAUAUAAAGUUAAAUGUAAUAUAAUUGGAACAAUGCCACAUGAUUUAUCAUUAGUAUGUGGUAAAAAAUUAAUAAAAGAUCCAAUUAAUAAAAAAAUGAUACUUGGUGAUCCAAUAAUAAAUGAUUUAAUUUUAUUUAUUGUUGAACCAGGUUUAGAAUAUGGUACAGAAUUAGAUGAAUUAGAUUUUAUACAAUUACAUGUUUUUGAAGAAAAUAUUUUAAAAUUCUUUGGUUAUGAUAGAAUUGAAGAAUUAUAUAUUAAUACACCAAAUUUAAAAAUUGAUUUUGAUAAAGUUUAUGAAUUAGAAAUUACAAAAGAAGAAAUUUAUGAUGGAAUUGUUGUUUGGAAAUAUAAAAAUGGUUAUGAAGAUUCGUUGUAG